CACUUCAUUCCAACGCAAGAGGUUAAUACGUGAUUAUUCCAAUAGAUGCCGCGUAUAUCCGACGUUCGGUAACAAAAGGUAAACAGUUUAGGCAGAACUGUAGUUUUCCUUUGCCCCCGUUGCAAAGAACGUCGUAAUUUUCUUAGUCACUUAGUUUCUACCAAUAUUUCUUCCCAGUGGUAGUGUUGUAUUUUCUUCCUAACAAUUUUUACAAAAUUUCCCUCGGGAUGCUGGGAAUGCUAAUAUCAUAGUGCGUAAUGCUUGUGUAAACGGAAAGGUAAACAAAAUACAGGCACUCGAACCUUGACGUGUCCGGACAUUAACAAUAAUCGGCGUGUGUUGACAAUAAUGCUCCUCUCUCUUUGCUCACGUGGCUUUCUUCUCAACUCGAAAGGUUGCGUGCAAAACGGUGUCCACCAUGGAUCCGAGACCGAGUGGAUCGAGGAGAACGACCCGUGCAGGAUCUUCAGCUGCAAGGCCGGAGUGAUCACCGAGUCUCGAUUGCACUGUUACACGCCCUGUUCAAAUCCUAUCCCUGCCGCAGCCGGCCAGUGUUGUCCAGUGUGCGUCGGAUGUCACGUGAACGGACAGCUGGUAACGGCGGACAGGUCGGUAACCACCACCGAGGAUCCCUGCGUCACUUGCAGAUGCAACGCCACCGGUCGACUGACCUGCGCGAAGCAGGCUUGCCCGGUGUUGCACUGCCCUGGCUCGAAGAUCGUCCACGAUUCUGGCGAGUGUUGUCCACGUUGCAAGGGCAGCCGAAGGUACCUGUCGCCACCGAAGGGCGCGUGCAUGCUCGGAACCGGCGUCUACAACUCCGGGAUGCAGUUCUACCUGGACCAGUGCACGCGUUGCAGCUGCUCCAAUUCCACCGUCUCGUGCGUCCGAGAGACUUGCCCGGUGCACGACUGCCCGGCCGAGCAUCAGAUCGCCCUGCCGGGUCGUUGCUGUCCCCAGUGCCCCGAGGUGGAGGAGGUUCGACCGUCGUGCACCUACGCCGGCAAAACUUACGGGGAUGGCGAAAGUUGGAAGCUUGACUCGUGCAAGGCAUGCGCCUGUAUGCAAGGCAAAGUACGGUGCGCGAUGCCCAUGUGUCCGCCGUUGAACCUGCCAUGUCCUCCAAACUCGAGGCUGGAGCAUCCGGAGGGGCAGUGCUGUCCACGCUGCGUCGAAAGCGACGGAGUAUGCACGGUGUUCGGUGACCCGCACUAUCGCACAUUCGACGGCAAGUUUUUCAGCUUCAAGGGAGCUUGUAAAUACCAGCUGGCCAGCGACUGUUCGGGGCACACGUUCAGCGUUCGAGUGACCAACGACGCCAGAUCGACGAGAUUCUCCGCGUGGACGAAAACGAUCGCGAUCAAGGUGGGCGACUUGAAGGUGAAUCUUGGUCAAAAGAUGCGAGUGAAGGUGAACGGGAAGAAGAUUGAUAUACCGUAUCGCGUGGCGAACCGGCUGGACGUGAAUCGCACGACCGACAGCAUAGUUGUGAGCACGCAGAUCGGAAUCAAGGUUCUCUGGGACGGGAUCAGUUUCCUUGAGGUGUCGGCGCCGACUUCGUACAGAGGACGAUUGUGUGGUCUGUGCGGCAACUUCAACUCUCUGCCGAAGGACGAUUUUACCAACCGAAGGGGCAAGCUGUUGCAAGAUCCACAACCGUUUGGGCAAUCGUGGCUGGUGGGAGCCAAGAGGAGCUGCGUCAGGCCGAAGCCGGUGGCGAAUUUCGAUCGAGCCAAGCGCUGCCGAGGACGAAAAGAUCACAGGUUGUGCAACAGGCUGAGAUCGCAAAUCUUCGACGCUUGCCACAAGAAAGUGAACCCGACCAUGUACUACAAGGCGUGUCUGCAGGAUAUGUGCGAGUGCCCGACCGAGAACUGCUACUGCGAGUCGUUCACCGCGUACGCGCACGAGUGCAAGAGGCUGGGCAUUCAGUUGCCGCACUGGCGAAAAUCCACCAGAUGUCGAACCGGUUGGGACCAGUUCUCCGCACCUGCUGGCCCGUCUUUCGUACAACGUUUUCCUUGAUCCACGCGUACCUUCCCUCCUCUUGCUCCUCCUUCUUCUCCUCCUCCUCCUCCUCCGCUGCUCCUUUCUCUCGAGCAUCUAAUUUCUUUCUAUUCUAGAGAAAAAAAAAACGAGAAAGAGAAAGAAACAAAGAGAGAGACUCGUUCUUUCUUUGGUCUCUCUAUCCAGGGAGCGAUCGUUCUGUAAAAUUCUUCAGCUAGUCACCGCGUUUGUCGAGCGCGGCGAAUCGAUUCGCACACGCCGCCGGACAGAGCAAACGCACCGCGCACCCGAUCGCUUUCCCUCGGAGAUAUCUUCCUCUUCUUCCUCUUUUCUCUCUUCUUUUUCCUUUUCCCCCUCUCCUCUCCUUUGGAUCGCCUGGAACCCUUUCGAGCUCGGACGAUUCCAGAGCAUUGUGCAGUAUUUACGGCCGGUGAGCAGGCUCGCGGCAUACCGUCUACGUCCCCCGGCAUUCCACGGAUCAACGAUGGAACUAUACUCGUAGGUUUAAGCCGACAUCACUUUCUCUCUCUGUCUGUCUCUCUAUGUGUAUCUCAUUUUCUUUCUUCUCUUGCUUCGUCGUCGUAGACAUUUUUCUCUUUCCACCU